AUUACGCGUGUUGGGUGAGUGCUUGCGCAAAAACCAACACAGUUCCCCAUCCCCGAUAACGGCGGUUCCACCCCGCCGCGAGCCCGCGAAACCCUAGCGCCUCCGUACGCCGCCGGCGAUGUCGGACUACCCCUUCUACCCAUACGUCCCCGAUUCCCCAGGCGAGGGUGCGCCGCCGAGGUAUUCUUCGCACGAGAUCGACCUCAUCGCGGCCCGCUACGCCGGCGACUCGUUCCCCGUCCACUCCGCCUCCGGGGCAUUCGACCUGCAUGUCGGCGCGAGGCGACCAGCCGAUGUUCUCUAUCAUCAAUCUAUUAUGGGAAGUCAUAGUACUAUUGGGCAGAGGGAGGCUUUAUAUUCUCCAAACACUAUGGUCAAACGCCCUAGGCUUGAAAGCAGCCUUCCUAUCUACCCAGAGCGACCUGGGGAAAAGAUUUGUGCCUUCUAUAUGAGAAGCAGAACAUGUAUGUAUGGAGAAGCCUGCAAAUUUCACCAUCCACAAUGGGUUCCAGAGGGUGGGAUUCCAUAUUGGAAAGAGGCUCAGAAUGUUGAUGAAUCCUAUCCGGAACGACCAGGGGAACCAGAUUGUCCAUUUUUUAUAAAGAAUAACGAGUGUAAGUUUGGAUCGAAAUGCAAGUUCAACCAUCCAAAGGAAACGGAUAAUGCAACAGUUGCUGGAACAGGCGAUGAAGAGUCUAUAGCAUUUGAUAAUUCUACCUUGCCACUGAAGCCUAAUGAGCCUUGUCCGUACUAUCCAAAAGGCAAAUGCAAAUUUAAAGCAAAUUGUAAGUUCAGUCAUGGCAAUGGUACGAAGGUUCCUUCCAGUGGAAAUGAAUCUGAAAAUAAAGCAACUGUUGAAGCAGAAGGGCACAACGGUGCAGCUGAUGAUUCAGUUUCAGCAAAGAAGAUAACAACAGUUGCUAAGGAGCAUAACUCAAAGGGACUGCCUAUCAGACCAGGUGAAGUUGAUUGCUCAUUCUAUAUUAAGACGGGCAGCUGCAUGUAUGGUUCAUUAUGUCGGUUCAACCAUCCUGAACAACAUGGUCGACAAUUACAAGUUCUGGAUUUUCCACUAGCGGCUCCACUGGGUCUUCUUCCUACUCCACUGGGUCAAUCUCUUCUUCCUACUCCACCGGGUCAAUCUCUUCUUCCUACUCCUCCACUGGGUCAUUCUCUUCUUGGUACUCCUCCACUGGGUCAAUCUCUUCUUCCUACUCCACUGGGUCAAUCUCUUCUUCCUACUCCAGCCUCCGCUGUUCCUCCCGAGAUGCUAAAUCCAGCUGCUAAUUUCCUGCCAAACUUCGAUUUUCAUGCGACACAUGCGCAGAUUGAACCUGAGCCAAUUGCCUACCCUCAGAGGCCUGGAGAAACUGUCUGUGACUUCUACAUGAAGAGAGGAUAUUGUAAGUAUCUUGAAAGAUGCAAGUUCCACCAUCCAGUUGAUCGCUCUGCAGCUGAUCCCGCUGCAAACUGUGAGCCUUCUCAGCAACCUGUGACGCUUACCCUUGCUGGCUUUCCAAGGAGAGAGGACGCCGACAUCUGUGCCUUUUACAUGAAGACGGGGACAUGCAGGUUUGGCGCGCUAUGCAAAUUUGACCACCCACCCCCUGGGGAAGCCAUUGCCAAGGUGUGGUCGAAGCAGGAAGAAGGGAAGUCGUCGAAGCAGGGAGAAGAAAAGAAAGGUGGAAAGAAGAAGAAGAAGAAGAAGGUGGUCGGACCGAGCUUUGUCCUGGAAAAUUAGGCCGCGACAGUCCCCCCAUCCUUUGCUCGAAACACGGUGGGCGGUUAACGCUGUUUCUGUCGUGAGUUUACCCGACCUGUGAUAUAUAUAGCUGCAAGAGAUUACGGAUCACACACUCUACACGUUUGGUUGAACGUUGUACUCGUCAAUCAAAUUCUGAUAUGGACAGUAGCAAUAGAUGUCGUCAUUGUGCAAA